AUGGAUGAUUUGAGAUUUAUGUUGACAAAGGAAUGUCCUCCGGUUCCCAAUACAACAACAAAUCGAAAUGUUUGGGACAUUUAUGAUCGGUGGGUUAGGGCUAAUGAAAAAGCUCGGGGCUACAUCUUAGCAAAUAUAUCCAAUGUACUUAAUAAGAAACAUGAGGUAAUGCCCACCGCCCUUGAGAUAAUGCUGUCACUUCAGGAGAUAUCCGAGCGACUGUUAUCCUCUGUUCGACAUGAAGCCAUUAAGUAUUUCUACAGUACUCGCAUGAAAGAUGGUUCCAAUGUUAGAGAAUAUGUUCUCGAUAUGAUGGUCCAUUUUAAUAUUUCUGAGGGUCAUAGGACAAUGAUGGAUAAGAUAAGUCAAUUAGCUGACCACUCCCUUGUUCGAACACUAGGAUUAGUUCAAGAUAUGCUGAUUAGAGUUAAUGGUCUAUCAUUUCUUGCUCAUUUUUAUGUAAUCGAUGUGAAUGCUCAUUCCCCUCCCUCUAAUUUAUCUGUUCUAUUAGGGAGACCCUUUCUUAAUACAACUAAAGUUGUGAUCAAUGUGGACAAAGGAUCCCUGCAAAUUGAAAAGGGAGGAAAAUUUGAAAAAAAUUUUAUUAAUGAUAUCCUCAUUACCACUAAACCUAUUUGUUCGAGUACUAUUAGUUUUCAAGAUGAUGACAAACCUCCUAAUUUGGGGGUAGGAGAUGGUGACUCGAUGAUUGGCGAUGGAUAUGGAUGA